AGACUUCGCGCGAGCCUCUGUAACGGCGGUAGCCUCGAGCAGGACGCGUCGUCUAUAGAUGUCUCGCGGCAUAGGAGGAACCUCCUGUGCGAGAGUAGAGAACAAAACCUGGUCGAGCUGCGAAGUCCGGUAUAUGGACUGUGCUACUUGAAGCACCCCCACUCGCUGCGCCAAUGGGCCAACUACUCGGCGCAACAUUCACAAGCUCAUAUAGACAUGCAACGGGAGCUACUACAGACGAUUGGACUACUGGCCUCGUUCAAGAACGAGCUGCUGCCAGUUGCACAGGACGACGAAUUGCCCGACAACGACUUUGCGAGCACCCCAAAUGAGACUGUCGCGCUACACGGGACUCCUGUAGACAGGGGUCUGGAAAUAUGCCUAUGGGACCUACGCGGUCUAUGCGAGACCCGCGUGGGCAUCGUCGAGUUUGCAGAUGUCAAGCGAUCUAACUGA